AUGAGCAGGGCACUUUUGCGCUCCGUCCUGGAGCUGCGCACUCCCGUCACGCGCCUCCCACCAUCUUUCCUCCUCCCCUUCCGUCCUGCCGCCGCCGCCGCCGCGCCCGCCACUCGUUUCCUCCACCAGACUGCCCAGCAAGUUGAGCCUACCAGCCAGUCCGAUGCUGCUGCUGCUGCUGCCGCCACCCUGCUUAAGGCCAGCCCACCAAAGGUCACUACCGCCACAACACCAGAGGCCCCCGCAGCCGUUCCCACCAGCACACCAUCUUCUCAACAACCCUCGAUAAGCCAGCAAGUUAAGGAGCUCCUCCCCGUGCUCGCCGCGCAGCCGGGCCACUACACGACCAUCCACAUCCACGGCAAGCCGUACCUCGUGACCGAGGGUGACACGGUAAAGCUACCGUUCAAGAUGCCCGGCGUGGCACCUGGCGACGUGCUGCGCCUGAACCGGGCCUCGGUCAUCGGCAGCCGCGACCUGACCCUUCAGGGCGCGCCGUACGUGGACGAGCGCCUGUUUGAGUGCCGCGCCAUCGUCAUGGGUACCGAGAGCGAGCCGAUGCGCGUCAUGAUCAAGAAGAAGCGGAGGUGCAGGAAGAAGAAGCAUGUUUUCAGCAAGCACAAGUACACGGUUCUCAGGAUCAACCAGUUGAAGAUCAAUGAUGUGUCGAGCCUUUGA